AUGAAGUUUCUCUCGUCCAUGCUACUUGCCGCAGCUGUGGCUGAGGCACAUUACACAUUCCCCAGAUUGGUGGUCAACGGGCAGGCAGAGGAAAAAGACUGGUCCGUCACGCGCAUGACCAAGAACAGCCAGAGCAAGCAGGGCGUGGAGAACGCAGCGAGCGCCGACAUCCGCUGCUACACGUCGCAGACGGCGGCCGGCGUGGCGACGGUGCCGGCCGGCGCCGUGGUCCACUACAUCUCGACGCAGCAGAUCAACCACCCGGGCCCGACGCAGUACUACCUCGCCAAGGUGCCGGCCGGGUCGUCGGCGGCCAAGUUCGACGGGUCGGGCGCCGUGUGGUUCAAGAUCCACACCUCCAUGCCAGCCGUCGACAAGAACAAGCAGCUCACGUGGCCAAACCAGAACGCGUACACGACCGUCAACGCGACCGUCCCCGCGAGCACGCCGCCGGGCGACUACCUGCUGCGCGUGGAGAACAUCGCGCUGCACCUGGCGAUGCAGGCCAACAAGGCGCAGUUCUAUCUCUCGUGCUCGCAGAUCACUGUCACGGGCCCCGGCGGCGGAACGCCUGGUCCGCUGGUGGCGUUGCCCGGCGCGUACAAGAGCAGCGACCCCGGCAUCCUCGUCAACCUCAACGCCAUCAAGCCCGACGCGUAUCAACCGCCCGGGCCGCCGGUGUGGAGCGGCUGA